UUGUCUCAAAACAACAACAACAAUAGCAACAACAACAAAGACAAAACAAUAAAUAAAUAAAUAAAUAAAUAAAUAAAUAAAUAAAUAAAAGCUGACUACAUUCGAAGACGCCUUGAGUCACCUUAGGCCCAACUACAAAUGAACAGAAAAACAUGAGUCUCCUGCUGAUGCAGGCUAGUCUAACUUUCCUCCUCCCCAAAUCUGGUAAGCUACCCAACACACCCAAACUGUAUGUUUGGAGUGGAAAAUUACUAACAUCUAAAUUUUCCUGCAGAGUCAUGUAUUUGGACUCUGGUCUGAUCACUCUUUGGUCUAUUGUUGGUUCCUGACUUGGGAUGAAUAGAGAAAAGUCUCACAUAGCAGCCCGUCUGUCAGGUAAUUCUAGAUCUCAUCAGGCUGACAAUGGACAUUAACCACCACAUCACAUCUAGGAACUUCAGCUAAUCAUUCAUACUGCAUUCACAGUACAAGCAUGGCCAAUAACGUUGUCUGUGAGGGUCCAGCUCUGUGCAGACUCCAGCCAGGUCCCUGCAGAGUGCCUGCUUUCUCUUCCUGUUGUCUCUUCCUUCUCCUUCUGUUUCUCUCCCACCUCAGGAGGAAGCAGGAGGCGGGGAGACUUCACUCAGGGUGGGAACCGAGGCCCGGACACAGACAAGCAGCUGUGGGUUGUCCUUCGGCACCAGGGCUGACCCUGGCUCCCGGGGAGGGUGGGAGCACAAGGGGCCCUUGUGUCAUGCUCUUGGCUCCAGAUUCCUAGGUGGGGCACUUCCCACUCUGAGAACAUUCUCACUGGACAAGGGUCCUCAGAAGUGCCAAAGGCAGUCAGUCACGAGGUUAAUUCCACAAAUUAGCUCCUCCAUUCACAUCCAUCCAAACAAAACUGCAGUCUCCUGGACAGAGUGGGGUGGACAAUGACUUUGGUGUGUGUGUGUGUGUGUGUGUGUGUGUGUGAGGCAGGAUUGUGCUUCCAGAGCAAGCCACUCUCUAUGACAAGCAGCUGGAGCAGCAGUGGCGGCAGCAGCAGUGGCGGCAGCAGCAGUGGCGGCAGCAGCAGUGGCGGCAGCAGCAAGGCUAGGAGCACAGAGCUGAGCUGGGACCAUGCAGCUGCUGGCGUUCACUGUGGGACUGGGUCUGCUAUUUGUGGCUGGAGCCAUGAUGCCUCCUCUGACUCCUGCCCGUGCUGAGCAGCUUUUAGGGAAGUGGUACAUAAAGCGCUGGGCAGGAGACAUGCCUAUUCCUGAGUGGAAAUGGAGAGACCCGCUGCCUCCCUUCACUUUCGAAAGAAACCAUUUUGAGGAGCUGGAGUUCAGGAUGAACCUGACGAAACCCAUUGGCUGCAUUCCGUUCAAGCUGACCCUGUAUGAGGGAGAGGACCUUGGCACAUUCCUUACCUGGUGGAGACACCUCAUCUACAUCCACUUCCUGCCUGGGAAGAACUUCGCCAUUGCCUACUUCAGGGGCAAAAUGAACUAUCGGUACUACCAGAUCAUGAUGCUCAUGGGCCGCACCCUGAAUACAAACGUAGAGUCUCUGAAGAUCUUCAAGGAGUUUAUGAGGAGCAAAAUGGGGCAAACGGCCAAGACGAAGAAGCCUCCCCAUGCUGAAGCCUGUGAGUUACCCAGAGACUCCUAGGGCAGAAGGAGCGCUGCAGGAUCAGGAGUUGGGGGUCCUCACUGCUCUCUCCACCUUGGCCAGAACAGUGUCAAGAAAGGAAAAGGCAGGGCCCAGAGUCUACACCUCUUCCCCAGGCCUCUGCUUUAAAUAAAGCUGGUCAAUGUCCUCUGGCCACAACA